CCAGAAGCGCCUAAUAGACCGAAGGAAGAUGAAUGGAAACCAUAUAUGAACGAACGUGCUCCUUUAAGGUGCGGCGAUGAAGUCGACCUUCGAUCAGAGAAAACAGGUACAUUAGCGGUUGGUGAUUGCUUUGAUUUCAGUAGCCAUUCGCUUUCAGGAAAGACGAAAGCAACUCCAGAAGCUUCAUGUCCACGAAAACGAAAAGACCUGCAUUACAUCUGCCUACAGGCAAUGGCAAUAUUUAUUUUCAUUCUUUGCCAAGUAUUUCUGGUCGUCAUCUUAAUUACAGCGCUACACAUGAACAACACGUUAAAUUAUUUCGAAGCGCUUGUUCCACCCCAAUGCACGAAUAAGAAAUGA